GAUUCAGAAUUCCCCCCUCAGUCUCCGCGACCUAUUCUAUAGCUGAGGUCCAUGUCAUAAGGAAUCUGCUAGAGUUCAGGGCGGAAUUGCACUUCCAUUGGAAGGUGUGGCAUUCGGAUGAGCUUAAGGAUUUUCAUGGUAACUGGUUUCCUUUGAUGGCGGGGAUAUCUACGCCAUGGCGGACUCUAUUCCUGUUGUUCGGCAGAUUGACAGACAAUUGUUGAACUGUGGGAUAUGCCUAGAGCGUUACAAGGCUCCAAAGGUCUUGCCCUGCUUGCACACUUUCUGCGAAAAGUGUCUGGCAAAUUACAUACCAGCAGAAAGUCUUUCUGUAACUUGCCCAAUCUGUAGACAACAAUCAAUUUUACCAGUGCAAGGUGUAUCAGCAUUACAGACUAACUUUUUCAUAACAAAUCUUAUGGAGGUGGUUGAUCAACCCAACAUAUGCCGAACCUGCAGUCGUGAACAGGCAAGGCCAUCAACCAAAUGUAUGGACUGUGCUGAAUUUCUGUGUAACAGUUGUACGAGUAUUCAUCAAGCAUUGGAUCAAACCAAAGAACAUAAUGUUGUAGCUUUGUCGGACAUUUCCCGAACUUCUGAAACAGAGGUUGAUACAACAUUAGUGUGUCCCAAUCAUGAUGGUAAUGCUUUAAGAUUUUACUGUAUAGCUUGUGAAACAGCGGUUUGUGAGGACUGUACUGCUGUUGAACAUAUAGGUCAUAAAACGGUGCCACUGUUUGAUGCAAUCCAGGAACAAAAGAUUCUCUUGCAUACUCUUGUGUCUGGUGCCAGGGAGCAAGUGCCAUGUUUGGAGGAAUCCAUUAACCUUGUCAAUGAUGUUGUUGGGUCUUUGGAUUUGGAGAAGAAGUCUGCGGAGGAAAAAAUACUCAGUGCUUUUGAGGAACUUGGUAACCUCUUACAAGUCCGGAAAACAGCUUUAUUAGCUGAACUGCAAACAAUUUACAAUCGUAAACAUCAAAUACUUUGUGAACAGAAAGAAACACUUGAAAACAUCCAUAGUAAGAUAACAAAUUGUUGUGACUUUACGGAGGAAACUCUGAAACAUGGGAGUGAAACAGAAAUCUUACUUAUCAAAACUGAAAUGUCUGAAAAACUCAAGGAGUUAGGUUCUUUGAAGCUGCAGUAUCAGCCAGAAGAAAAUGAAUGUCUAGUCUUUGAUCAUACUCACUUUCAGACCCUGAGGAAGUCCCUGUCAAGUGUUGGUGCUGUUCAGACUAAUAGUGCUGUAGCUUUUGAGACCACUGCAUCAGGAGAAGGACUGAAGAUGUGUCAUUCAGGUAAAGCUACAACUGUAACUGUGAUAUCCAAAGACAGAAAAGGAGAACUAGUCAAGGUAGGGUAUGCCUCACUAUCAGCAGAAAUCAGAGAUGAAGAUGACAUGGUAAUUAAUCCAUUUGUGAUGGACAAACAAAAUGGCUCUUAUGAAGUCACAUACACUGUAGAAAAAGUGGGCACUUAUUCCUUGGCAAUCAAACUUUAUGGCCAUCACAUAAAAGGGUCACCAUUUAAAGUCAAGGCCAUUCUUGCUGGGGAGGAAAUGGACCAUUUUAAUAGCUCCAAAAUUCCAAGAACUUUGAAUGUGAAACAGAAAGGAACAAAGAGACCACCAAGUUCCAGAUCACAUGGAUCAAACAGAAGAAGCAAUGCUAUAGAGGAUGAUCUGAUAAUGAGAAUUGGAGAGAAGGGCAGAAACAAAGGAGAGUUCACAAACCCACAAGGGCUUCAUGUUGUCAGUGACAAAAUCAUUGUUGCAGAUAGUAACAAUCAAACUGUUCAAGUCUUCAAUUCCAAUGGAGAUUGCAAGCUGAAAUUUGGAUCCCCAGGCCGAGUUGCAGGGAGAAUGCAAAGACCAACUGGAGUUGCCUCAACUCUCAAUGGAAACUACCUAGUUGCUGACUAUGACAAUAAAUGGAUCAAUGUAUUUUCCCCAGAAGGAAAGUAUAUGAACAAGAUUGGCACAGGGAAACUUCUGGGACCCAAAGGAGUGGCAGUGGACAGGAAUGGCCACAUCGUUGUGGUGGACAACAAGGGUAGCACCAUCUUCAUUUUCCAACCCAAUGGAAAGCUCAUUUCCAAAUUUGGUUCUCGAGGCAAUCGUGACUGGCAGUUUGCUGGUCCACAUUAUGUUGCCAUCAAUGCCAACAAUGACAUCAUUGUGUCGGAUUUCCACAACCACUGCAUCAAAGUGUUUGACAGUGAGGGGAAUUUCCUGUUUACCUUUGGUUCCAAUGGUGAAGGCAAUGGCCAGUUCAAUGCACCAACAGGGGUAGCUGUUGAUCAGAAAGGAAAUAUACUGGUGGCUGACUGGGGCAACUCCAGAAUACAGGUCUUUGACAGUAAUGGGUCCUUCCUGUCAUUUGUGAACACUGCAGCAGAUCCUCUGUAUGGACCACAGGGUUUAGCUGUGACAAGUGAGGGGUACGUUGCUGUGGCUGAUUCUGGAAACCACUGCUUCAAAAUCUACAAAUACCUGCAGUAAAUUCCAAAACAGCUUUAACACCUAAUAAAAAACAUCUUAGUUCCAAAAAUCUGAGUGCAAUAAUUUUAAUGUAUACAUUAGAAUGGAGGAGAGGGAGAAAUUAAGUGUUAAGGUGAUGUUAUUGAAAAUUUAAGAUAGCAAGGGCUGACAAAUUAUGUAGUUUUACAGCUGGGCAAAUGGGUAAGUUAAAUAUUCCAGAUGCACUUGCCAGUAGGCAAGCAAAGAAAAUUCAUUGAUCUAUUUGAAUUUAAUUUUUCUAUUAAUUUUUCUUUUCAUGGAACACGCUUUUAUAAAAUAAGUGCACCUGAAUAAAUAAAUUGUUUUAGUGAAAGUCAAGAGCACAAAGUUUUGUGACAAAAAUAAGCGAUUUUAUAGGGAAGAGGAGUGAGAAAAUUAAAUGGAAUAAAUCAUGGCUGUGUUUAGAAUUUCUUCUUUUUUUUAAAAAAAAAAAUGAAAGGACAAUGAUAUUUUUAGCAUUCUUAUGGUAAUUUUGAAAUUUGAUGCAAAGCAGAUAAAAUUUUAUAAUAGAGUUAGUAAAUCUUGCACACAGCUAAUGGUAAAUGCUUCAGAAUUUUACCAUAUGUGUCGGCCCUUGUGAGAAUGUGUUUUGGGCUUCAGUUAGGUUAAUGAAUUAUCAUUGGUAUUUUCGUUUUAACUGUAAGUGUCUACUGUUUCUUGAGAAAAUGAUAUUGGUCAAAAUUAUUCUACUUUUUUAAAAGUAAUAUAAUAUUUACCAAAUACAUGUGAGACUCAAAAAUUGUUCCUAAUUUGCUCAUUUAUCAGCUUUUGUGUCAAGUACGGACAAGGUUUUAAGCAAACACAUGGUUUUGUCAAUUUUCUCAUCACCUUUCCCUAUGAAGGGAUUUUUACAAUAGAGGUAUAAGAAUGCCAAAUUUAUUAUUUACAUGCACUUUAAAAAAAAAAGCCCAGAAAUACAGAUUCAUGUUUUAUGUUAUCUUUUUUAAAGAAAGUUGUCAUGUGGAAAUCUUCAGAUAUACACGUAUUCCCGCUUCAUAUUGCUAUAAAUAUUAUGUUGUGACCAUUUCUUAUUGAAGCCACUUGUUCUCAAAACAGGCGAAUUGUGGUUAUCACAUUGUAUUUGGUAAAAUUUGUUAUCCAAGGGAAAUAACCCAUACUUUAUUUAAAGCUUUUGUAUUUUAUAUAUUCCAGCAUUUAGAUACAUGUAUUAAAGAUUCUUUAGAAAAUUCAGCAUGCUUUUGAAUCAUGCAAUGCAUAUAAAAGUGGCAUUAUAUUUCAAACUGUUACAAAUGGAAAACUGAUAAUUAUAUUGCGAGCCUGCUUUGAAAUGUUUAUAAUUUCUUCCGAAGUCCCACCGUGCUUUUAAGUGUUCUAAAAUAAAUAUCAUGUAUGCUUAUACAUGUACAUGUUGUAAAAAUAAAUUACUCUCACUUGACGGGUAUUGUGUAUGAGAGAAGAAAAGUUGUAUAUGAUACUGCUAUACAAUUGUUACCAUUCCUUAAUUUUUUAUUUUAAAUGUAACAUUCCGUUUCCUUUCAACUUACACAAAAGAAGAAAGUAUUCAUUGAAAAUAUAUGUACUUUUGGUAACUGGAACUUAUUACACAAAAAAUUGGAGGUCUGCUUUAUAGGCAGUACUUUGUGUUCAAAGAAAAAAUUAUCAACUAUUUUGCAUUGAAUGUAAUAUAUGUACAGCUAUUUAUUAAACAUUGAACAACUC